AUGGGUAAAAAGCAGCAUAGCAAGGAUCGCAUGUUCAUCACCACAACAGAGUGGGCGUCGGAAUGGGGGGGAGCCAAGGCCAAAGAUACCCGCACGCCCUUCCGCCGCCUCCCCUUCUACUGCUGUGCGUACGUUACUGACCCUUCCAAUUUCGCUUCCGCUUCUCCCUCCUCGUUCGCCUCCCCGUCCCUUCCAGUUCACCUUUCCCUUCCCUGCCGCCACCUCCCGGUCUCCUUUACGCCGUUUGAAGAUCCAGUCUGCUCUCCAGAGGGUCACGUUUACGAUAUUGUGAACAUCGUGCCGUACAUUCAGAAGUUCAAGCGUAACCCGGUUACCGGCAAGCCUCUGGCUCUCAAGGACCUGAUCAAGCUGCACUUCCACAAGAACGCUGACGGCGAGUACCACUGCCCAGUUUUGAAGAAGGUGUUUACCGAGUUUACCCACAUCGUGGCUGUCAAGACAACUGGGAACGUGUUCUGCUAUGAGGCCAUCAAGGAGUUGAACGUGAAGCCCAAGAACUGGAAGGAGCUGCUCACAGAUGAGCCAUUCACACGUGCUGACAUCAUCACUAUCCAGGACCCCAACAAUCUGGACGCCAAGGUGCUCACAGAGUUUGACCACGUCAAGCAGAACCUCGCAGCUCCCAAGGAAGGCGAGGGUGGUGCAUCAGCAUCGGGAGUGAACGCAGCGGUCUCUGAGAGCAUUCAGCGCGUUCUGGCUGCCCUUCCCAAGAACGAUGGCGAGGAGGCUGGAGUCGGCUCAUCCAGGGGUGCAUCCCAGCUGCUGCUGGGUGGGGGAGGCAGCAAGGCAAGCAAGGAAGCAGCAGCGGCAGCAGCAGCGAUAGAGGCAAGGAAAGCAGAAGAGGUUGCUGCUGCUGCCGCCGCCGCUGCUAGAGAAGCUUUAGCUGCACAAGAGGGGGCAGAGGGCAGCGAGCAAGCAGGGGAAGGAGGAGCGGGAGGGGAAGGAGGAGUUGGUAAAGGAAAGGGAAGUGGUGGGGAGAAGGGGAAGAGGAAGCGGGGAGAGGAGCGGGAAGCCGAGCAGCAGAAGAAGCACGUGCAGCAGCAGAUUCUGCAAAGACAGAGAGAAAUGGAAGCCCCUUCAAUCGCCGGCAGUGCAGCAACCUCCGCUGGUGCUGCUGGUUCAGGAGGAGCAGCAGGAGGAGCAGCAGGAGGAGGAGGCACGGGCGCCCCUCCUCCUCCUAUGAGCAUCGUCGAUGCGGCGAGUGCUGCUCUCUCCGGCCGCAGCGCCGCCGCCGCCAAGGCGACAGACGAGAAAAAAGCGCACGCACGCGCAGCCGCGCACGCAGCAGGGCAGAGAGUCCCUAUCAAAGAGAACACGAAGCUGGUCCGCAGCGCAUAUACCUCGGGAGCGACUACAAGGUCGUUUACUUCUACGGUGUAUGAGCCGGUGACAAAGACGGAGUAUGAGAUGGUGAGGGUGGAGAAGAAGCCAAAGAAGAAGGGGUACUGCCGGGUGCACACGAGCGCGGGCGAUCUGAACGUGGAGCUUCACUGCGAUAUCGUCCCAAGGACCGAGCGCGGAGUGCCCCCAAUGGCCAACAGCGGCCCGCACUCACUCACUCCCUCCCACCAAUCGUUCCUUUGCCCUGCCUUUCCUGUCCCCAUAUCGCCGUCCACUCACCCACUCCCUCUCCCCCACGCAUCCCCCCUCAAUCCCCCUCUUCUCCCCAGCAAUUUCAUGAUUCAAGGGGGAGACCCCACGGGCACGGGCAAAGGAGGCCAGUCGGCGUGGGGCAAGGCGUUUCAGGACGAGUUUGACUCGCGGCUGGGCCACAGCGAGAGGGGCGUGCUGUCCAUGGCUAACAGCGGCCCUCACUCUAACGGCUCGCAGUUCUUUGUGCUCUUCAAGUCGGCGCCUCAUUUAAAUUACAAGCAUUCUGUUUUUGGGCGUGUGGUGGGGGGUAUGGAGACCCUGACUGCCAUGGAGAGGAGUGCUGUGGACGAUAAAGACAGGCCCUUGAAACCCAUCACGAUAGAGAGCAUCACAGUGUUUGUGAAUCCGUACACGGAGGUGGAUGCAGAGGCAGAGGCGGAGGAGGCAGCAGUGAGGGAGAAGGAGGAGAAGGAGAGGAAGGGCAAGGAGCUGACUUGGGAGGAGCAACAGGAACUGGAUGCUGUGGGUAGUUGGUACAGCAACCCCUUGGCAGGCAAAGAGGCGCCGAAAGUCUUCAAGUCGCAAGCAUCGGUUGUGCUGAAUGUGUCUGUAUAG